AUGGUACAAAAUGAAAGUGACAGUGAAUAUAGUGAACACAAAGAAUUGUAUAAAGAAAGUACAACUACUAAUCAGUCUAAAGUAAAAACUUUAAAACUAUCAUUACAACAAUCUUAUAUUGAAUCAGCUUCAGCGGAUAUGGGUGAAUUAACAAUUCUUAAUUCUGUGGAAGAAAUCAUCGACGAUAUGAAAGAUGUUGUUGAAAUUAAAGAAGUUGACGCUUUAUUAGGAAUUAUACACAAAACAAUUAACAUCUCAGUUCUAAUGAUUACAAUUGGAAUGCUUGAGAAGAUUAAAAAAAGUAUUGUAUAA